AUGGCUAAUCGCUAUGAUCCGAAUCCUUUCGCUGAGGAAGAAGAAGUCAAUCCUUUCGCUAAUCCGGGGAAAAUUCCGCCUGCAUCGAAUUCGAGACUUUCGCCUUUGCCUCCAGAGCCUGUUGGUUUCGAUUAUGGUCGAACCGUAGACAUUCCUCUUGACAGGGAAAGAUCCGGUACACAGGAUUUGAAGAAGAAAGAGAAGGAACUCCAAGCCAAAGAAGCUGAGCUAAGACGACGGGAGCAGGACCUCAAACGGAAAGAAGACGCUGCUGCACGAGCUGGAAUCGUUAUCGAAGUGAAGAACUGGCCGCCAUUCUUCCCUCUUAUCCACCACGACAUUGCAAACGAGAUUCCGGUUCAUCUCCAAAGGCUACAGUAUGUUGCCUUUGCAACAUAUUUGGGGUUGGUUCUUUGUCUUUUCUGGAAUAUCAUCGCCGUUACUACAGCUUGGAUCAAAGGAGAAGGAGUGACAAUAUGGCUUCUUGCCCUUAUUUACUUCAUAGCGGGAGUUCCAGGAGGCUAUGUGUUAUGGUAUCGGCCCCUCUACCGUGCCUUCAGAACUGAUAGUGCAUUGAGCUUUGGAUGGUUUUUCUUGUUCUAUAUGCUCCACAUUCUUUUCUCCGUCUUUGCUGCAGUUGCUCCACCUGUUGUCUUCAAAGGAAAAUCUCUUGCAGGGAUCUUACCUGCAAUAGAUGUCUUAAGCGGUAAUAUGUUGGUCGGGAUAUUCUACUUCAUUGGGUUUGCGUUCUUCUGCCUCGAAUCAGUGGUCAGCAUCUGGGUGAUUCAGCAAGUGUAUAUGUACUUCCGAGGCAGCGGGAAACAAGAUGAGCUGAGACGGGAAGCGGCAAGAGGAGCCCUGAGAGCCGCCGUAUGA